AUGAAUCCUUUGGAAAGUAAAAACGAUUUGCAUACAGAACAAUUAUCUGCUAAAGUUUCUCGAUUGAAAAAUAUUGCAAUUGAUAUUGACAAUGAAACAAAAGAACACAAUCGUUUUCUUGAAUCAAUGCGUUUCGAUUUUGAUACAGCACGUAGCUUUCUUGGUGGAAGUUCUCGUCAUUUAGGGAAUGUUAUGUCAAGUGGAAAAGGUGAUCGACGAUUUAUGUGCUAUGUUAUUGAUAAAAAAAAGAAAGAAAGAAUGAAGUUGAUUACACAUAAUAUGCUUACAUCAAAUAUACUCAAAGGAGUGACGAAAGGUUUUCCAUUAAAAAUUAAUGCUAUUAAAAUAGAAAAUGUAUCAGUAGAUUAUAAUCGAGACUUCAUUACUCGUAUUCUUCAACGUAUUGAAUAUGAUGCUUUACGAACAGCUGUGACGGAUCUUGGUUUGAAGGAAUUAUUACCAGAGACACUAUCAGAAACAAUUCAACAUGAUGAUGAAUUUCUUAGAAAAAUGCAUAAAAUUUUGCUUGAAUAUGAAGUUGAAGAAGGUGAACUUAUUUGUCCUGAAACUGGUCGUAAAUUUCCAAUUUUAAAAGGUAUUCCAAAAAUGUUAUUACAAGAAACUGAAGUAUCAUAA